AUGUCUUCCACCACGGAUACUACCGUUGAAGUAACUGAGACCAGCACUACCACCGAAACCAGCGAGGCCGCGAUUGAGACUGCUACUGCGCUGGUAACCACCACCACAGCUGCAUCAGUGGACGCUACUACUACUGAAGAGGGAACAACUAUAGUCGAGGAGACUAACACUACCGCUAAAACUAGCGAGACCGAGACUGAGACUGCUCCUGCACUGCCAACCAGCACCACAGCUGCAUCAGUGGGCGCUACCACUACUGAAGGGGGAACAACCACAUCUGAGGAGACUAGCACUACCGCUGAUGGAACAACGACAGCAGCAGCAGAGACUACAGCUACGACCGAGGCUCAAACUACAAGCGGGUAG